AUGUCUCGCAACACUGGCACCGGUGGCACCCGUAGUAGUGGGUCGACGUCGUCUGCUGCAGCACCUUCGAAAUCGAACAAAGGUCGUCGAUCGUCCAGCUCCGAACUUCGUGCUGCUUCCUCGAGCAAACCUUCGCAGCCGCGGCCGGCGUUGUCAGCUCGAAGCUCGCCCACGACGACCUACGUCGCUGGCUUUUCUCCUGCAGCCGCUGUCGCCCCUCGUCCGCGGCCUACCUCGCAGCCAUCGCGCCAGCCGUCCCUACCCGCAACAUCCGCACAACCGAGAUCGCCGCGCGCCUCAACCUCACGUCACCCCACGCCGACCAACAGCGCACCCAGCAGUCGACGCAGCAGCGUCGUCGAUUCUUCCGCCGCCUACCGCUACUCGCUCAACGUCGGCAGUGUUUCCCGCUUUCCCGGGUCGAGCACCGAGGGUGCAAACCAGAUCCUCCGCGCAGCAGCUUCGAGGAACGAUGAAGAGAUCGAUCCGAGCAGAGCCUCUGUCGGUUCGACGAGUUCGAGGACCAGCUCGAGGUUGAGCUCGAGGUAUACCGCCGAGGAGGUGGCACCGCAGAGACGACCGGUGUAUCUGGCGUUGCCGAGCGAUCCGAGUGCGAAAGGGGUUUGGUCCGGUACGGGUAGUACGUUGGUAGCAAGUGCUGUGGAUAAGGAUGGAGUGCAAAGGACCAAGGGUAAGAAGGAUGGCGGUGAUGGGGAGGGUAAGAGGCGGAAUAGCAAGAUCAUGACUAGUUUCCCUUUUCCACAUCCCGUUACUCCGAGGAGGAGAACCGGCGGAACAGCGUCUGUCGAUGCCGCGCAGAAUGGUCACAGCAGCACCGGUUGGAGGCUAUCAUCCAUAAAUGCGGCGUGGCAGCGUCUGCUCACCGCCAUCUUCGCCGGACCCUACGAACGACAGCUCAACCGCGAGGAACAGGAAGACGAUCGGAUCACCCAAAGUAUCAUCCACGACAUUGCACGACGCAAUGGCAACACCACUGCCUACGGAACCUUGCCUAUCCCUGCCGAUCCUGAAGAUCCCUACGGUUACCGCCAGCUCGCAGGCCCGCAUCUGCUGCCGAGUUAUACGACCGACCUGGUCGCCCGACGCAGAGAACGACGACGCGCACGGAGUAGGGCAAGGUUCCAGUGCAUGGCGUCGUGGACGAUCUGGACGGUGAGCGCCGUGCUGGUGCUGAUCGUGGUCGUGUUGGUGUUCAGCUUUGUGUUUCCGGAUCGGUUGGAUAUUCCAAACCAUUCGGAUGAAGGGGAUGAGGAGGAUGCAGUGGUGGUGAUGGGGAUGCGAGGGGCGAUACGGGGGGUGAUGCUGGGUGGGUUGGCGUUGAUGAUGCAGCGACAGACGGGGUGA